AUGGCCUUCAAAGAGUAUAAACUUUCUGCCGUGUUAAAAGGGCACGAUCAAGAUGUCAAGGAUCUUGAUUCCAUUGAUAAUGAUACUAUCGUUUCUGCAUCAAGAGAUGCGAAAGUAUUAGUCUGGAAGAGAGAGAAAGAUGGCAGUUGGAGUUCAUUCUUGAAUUUCAAGUCUGAAAAAUUUAUUAAUUCGACUACUAUUGUCAAUGAUAAUGAGACAGUUGGUAAGCAUUUAGUCGUAUCUGGCGGUCAAGAUCUGUUGAUUACCAUGACAAGCUUGGAAGGUUCUGUUGAUAAUAAUACAACCAACAGUGGCGAGGAUCCCUGGUAUAGUGAGCCGGAGUUUGUUUUGCUAGGGCAUGAAAAAAACGUUUGCUCAUUAUCUUCUUUUGCAAAUGUUGCAAAUAAGAAUUUGAUCAUUUCCUCCUCUUGGGAUGGUACUGCCAUUGUCUGGGAAAACAAUUCUUUGAAAUAUAAGUUAGUGGGUCAUCAAGCUUCCAUUUGGAAUGCACAAUUUGUCUCAGAAGAUGACUUCAUCACUUGUUCAGCGGAUAAGACUGUAAAAUUGUGGAAGGGAAAUGAAUUGGUUAAAACUUACACGGGAAUUCAUAGUGAUGUUAUUAGGUCUUUGGUUGUAUUGGACCAAAACACAUUUAUUUCUGCUUCCAACGAUGCAACAAUUAAGUUUGUUGAUAUGGCCACAGGCAAUGUCUUGAAAACUCUCUCUGGGCACAACAGUUUUAUUUAUCAGAUUAAGUUAUUGGAUGAAAAUACAUUGAUAAGUUGUGGUGAAGAUAAAUCCGUGAAAAUUUGGGAUAUUUCAACAGGCAAAGCAUUACAGACCAUUUUUGUACCAAGUAUUUCGGUAUGGGCGGUUUCUAUUUUGGAAAAUAAGGAUAUUGUAGUUGGUGGUAGUGACGCUUUCAUAAGAAUUUUUUCAUCUUCACCGCAGAGAAUAAAUGAGGCUUUAAAUGCGGAAUUGGUUAGUGAGAUUCAAAAUCAAUCAAUCAAUCCUCAGCAAUUUCAAGAGAUCGAUAGUUCCAAAAUUUCAAGCAACGAUGUCUUAAAUGUUCCAGGCACAAAGGAGGGGCAGACUAUAAUGGUCAAAGCCCCAACAGGAGUUAUUGAAGCAUAUCAGUGGUCUAAUUUCACUUGGCAAAAAAUUGGCGAAGUGUUGGGAGGUGCUGGUACUUCUUCUAGCAAUGUGGCUUCUUCAGGAAAAAAGGUAGAAUAUCAGGGAAAAUAUUACGAUUUUGUGUUUGAUGUUGAUGUUAAAGAAGGACAACCUCCAUUAAAAUUACCCUUUAAUUUGAAUGAUAAUCCGUACGCUGCGGCAGAAAAGUUUCUUGCUGACAAUGAAUUGCCUAUGAGUUAUUUGCAAGAAGUUGUUGACUUUAUUUUAAAGAAUACACAGGGCAUUUCCUUUGAACAGUCAUCAGGUAUCCCAUUGAAUGAUCCAUAUGCUGACAGGAACCCUGCUGCUACAUUUAUUACUUUUGAGGCGUUCAAAAAACCAUUAAUCAUGAAGGGAAUUGAAUCAUAUAACUCUAAGAUCGAAGAUAUCAGUGAUAAAUUAGCUCUUAGUGACUUGUCAGAAAUAGGUUCAUUAUUGGAAAAUGCUUCUCUACCAGCAAAUUGCGCCAAAUUAUAUGAUUACACCAGGUCUAUGAUUGAAAAAGGUGAGUUGGUGGGUUAUGAUUUGUUAAGAAUUAUCAUCAAGAACUUAGAAUAUAAUGAUGAAAUUGAACAUAAUUUAUAUAAGGCCUUAGUGAUUGUUGAUGAAGAUGUGAUCUCUAAUGGUGAUGCUGCCAAAUUGGUUAUGAUCGGGAGAUGCGUGUGUAAUUUAUUGGCCAAUAAUCUGAGAAAUGAGAAGAAGUUUGGUAAGAAUAUCUUGAAUCCAAAGAAAUUAGACGUAUUCUACAGGAAUAAGGUAUUGAACAACACAGAUGUCAAGGAUUCGGUCAAAGUAAAAUUAUCCAGCACAAUAGAUGCUUUGAAAAAUAAUUUGCAAUUAAUUUGA